AUGGCUUUGUGUUCGUUGUUCUCCAUCCUACUCGGCAUCCUCACUCAUGCAGCUGUUCAUGGGUUCGAGGAACAGGCCAAUGCCCUUUCCUCUGGCAGCUGCGAACGUGCGUGCGGCAUUCUCCACUCACAAUUUGGAGACGCCCUUCAUUAUCCAAACAACGAUUCUGGUUUUGUUCUCUGGGAUGCAAAGCAAAACGAAGUCCGCUAUGCUUGCCGAAUUGUACCAGAAAGCUCUGCCGACGUCGCCGCAGUCCUAUCGCUUCUUGUCAACGAAUGGUGCAGACUCAACACAGUUGAGCUCUUAAGCAACAGUUCCAGAAUGCGAGUAGGAGCAGGAGCAACAGGAUCCCAAGUCUACGAUGCCUUGGAGCCGUACGGAUUAGCUUUUGUUGGGCCCCGAACAGGGACAGUAGGUGUUGGUGGCUUCACCUUGGGGGGUGGCACUUCGGCUGUUACAGCAGAAUAUGGAUGGGCAUUGGAUAAUCUUUUUGAAUAUGAAGUCGUAUUGCCAAAUGCCACAGUGAUUACGGUGAACGAGGACCAACAUCCAGACCUCUACUUCGCUCUGCGUGGUGGUGCCAACAACUUUGGAAUCGUUACUUAUUUCCAGUUGCGGGUCUUUGCGCAGGGCCCAGUGCUUGACUUGGACAGGUCCUACGACCCUAACGUGACUGAUAUCUUCCUCAAAGAGGCAUUCGACAUAUUCAGGGUGCAAGAUACGAACCCUCAAGUUGGCUUCGAGUUUGUUUUCACCUAUAUCCCACAGCAGGAUCGAUUCUCGUUGAGGGGGACCCAGAGAUAUGCUCAGCCAGUACGGAAUCCCCCUGAAUUUGAGAGACUGAGUCGGAUUCCGUUCCAGUCAGAAUCAGGUGGCGUUGGGACUCUCGCCUCCUUUGCAAGGAGCAAUGCACCUCUAGGGAGAUCCAGGUACCUCUUCAACACCAUAACUCACUAUCCUUCGCCAGUAUUGAGCAAGAGAGCUUUCCACAUUCUCAGACAGGAAGUGCAGAGUGUGGCAAACAUAACAGGCUUUUCCGCAAAUCUCAUUUCGUACUCAAUCCCGGCGCGUGCUGUGAGCCGCAUGAAAGAGAGGGGUGGGAAUGCUCUUGGCAUCAAUGUUAAAGGACAUCUCAUACUGAACAACCUCUCUCUCGCCUGGGCCCAUGAGGCGGAUGAUGAACAAGUGCAGCUUUUUGCUGCUAGAUUUCUCCAGAGGUACCAGGUUGCCGCUAGGGAGCUUGGUCUUUAUCACCCCUUUGUCUACGUAAAUUACGCGGACAAGGGUCAAGACGUAUUUUCUUCAUAUGGAGAACGAAACAAGCGCCGCCUGAUCGAAAUUCAGCGCAGUAUUGAUCCUAUGGGCGUUUUUACCUCUAAUGGGCUAUGGCGAGGAUUCUUCAAGUUGCUGUAA